AAACUGUACACCAGGCAGUGGAGAACAAAAGCGUCAGAGUAAAACCUCUACCAACACAACCUGGGGACAAAGUGGGCAGGAGGGACCUGAGAUGGCCCAGUCCCCCUUCUUCCUUUGAACUGUAAAACUGAAGACGGGAUCUUGGUCUGGGUGGAAGGGACAUGAUGCUCACAGAAUUCCUGUCCCUGCUUUGCCUUGGGCUUAGCCUGGGCUUUGCAGAUGAGAAAAAGAAUGAGACGCUUCCCAAACCCUCCCUCAGUGCCUUGUCCAGCUUAGUGGUUGGACACGGAGGGAACGUGACCCUGAGGUGCCAGUCUCACUUCCAGAAUGUGACGUUCACGCUGGGGAAGCUGCAGGACUCCGGGUACAGGCAGGAACAGCGAUCCACAGGACACAAGGCUGAAUUUCUCCUCACUCACCUGGAGCCGAAGGAUGCUGGGAUGUACUUUUGCACCUACAAGACAAUGGACUCCCAGGAGUGGUCAGGGGAGAGUGACUACCUCCAGCUGGAGGUCAAAGAUGACCUUGAUGGACGUGGAGCUACUGAAGUGAAAAAUGCCAAUGGAUUAAUCUUUGCUGCCACCUUCAGCUGCCUCUCCAUUUCGAUCCUCUUCCUCUCGGUCGUCUUCAUCAACAGAUGCACCCAGCAUGGUUCGUCACAUGAAGAAGCCACCAAGAGCCUUAUCCUCUCCCUCAGUCUUCAGAUCCCAUACUUUAAUGUGUCUCUGUCUCUCAGAACCAGCCAUUCUGAAUUUCCCAAGCAGGAGGCUACGGAUUUAUCCAACCUGGAUAGGAUAUCUGUCUCGACUGAAAGACCCCCAGGGAGUGAGCCAUGCUGAUCUAUACCUGUGGCAGCUUCUGUCCCCCGCCAAGGAGCCCUCAGGAUCUGUGAAUGUGCAAUGAGGCAGGUGAAGGAGGACAGCCGGAGCCCUGGAGGAAGGAGAACAUGGGGUUAAGAUGGUGGGAUGAAUGGACACAUGGAAAUCAGGUCACUCCGUGUCCUUGGCUCAUUAAUUCAUAGUAAUAAAAUUAAGUUUUCUGCCUUUUUGCUUCCA